UACGGCGUGUGUAAAGUUAUCGUUUUAAUCUGAAGUAAAGUGGCUUAUGCGUGCCAAUUGGAUGCUUAUCUAACAUCGCUUCGUUAACAGUUAAACAAUGCCCAAGCAUUCACGUGGAUAGCGUUCGCAACUUGCAUUGUUUAAACUUGAAGACAUUCCUUAGAUGGAAUUGAAAAAUGAUAUAACGCUUGUUUCAGCAAAUAUUCUUUUCAGUUUUCUUUAAUGUUGGAUUCGAGUUGGAUGAGUUAGACCUAGAUCGAGCAAACCGGUUGCUUCUGUCUCGAGUGUCGACAGUUAGUCGUCGGUCACGACAGACACUCGAUCGUAACGUUCUCUUCCUUCGGCUAUAUUUAUUCGUUCGUAUUGUUGCCCCGUAAUUUUUAAAAAUAUUUCAAUCGUUUGAAAUUCUUAUUCUAUCUGACUGGAACGUGUGCAUCGAUAUUCCGAACGGGUAUUUAAAAAUACUUUCGCGAGUGUUAGCGUCUUAUCCUUCGCAUCGAAAGAACGUGCUUGAUCGACGAUUUCAAUAUUUCAUUCCGUGAUGUGAAUUCGUGUAUUAAUAUUAUUAAUACUUUACUUCUUGGUGAAAAGUGUUUGAUAAUUGAAUGAACGAACUGUUUCCAAUAAUUGUUAUGUGAUCAAAUAAAUGUUAGCCAGAGAAAUUUGAAGAAGAAAUAAAUCGUUUUUAUAAGGCUGUUGUUUGCGUAGUGUUUCAUCGCAUCUUGUUUAAUCUUGGCGGGUCUAGAAUGUUGGAAAUAGAGGAGAGAGGAUACUUUCAUUGGGCAGAUUGGCUGGUGUUCGCGCUGAUGCUCGCCGUAUCUGCCGCCGCAGGAUUAUGGCAUUACAGGAGAGCGCAGAAGUCGAGCACGGAAGAUUAUCUCCUAGGAGGAAAGAGCAUGAGCCUCUUUCCCGUGUCCGCCUCCCUCGUCGCUAGUUUUAUAUCUGGCGUAACAAUUCUCGGCACACCUGCUGAAAUAUACAAUUUCGGGACCCAGUAUUGGAUCACCAUUAUUUCCAUAUUCUUCUCAGGGGUUGUAGUGGCCACCGUCUAUGCUCCAGUUUUCGUCUCCCUCGGAUUGAAUUCCGUUUACGAGUACUUGGAAAUAAGAUUCAAUCGAGGCGUAAGGACCCUCAUAUCGUUGAUCUUCGUUAUUGACGUGGUGCUUUACCAAUCGAUCGUGGUCUACGUUCCAGCGUUAGCGUUAAAUCAAGUGAGCGGCAUCGAUGUACAUUUGAUCGGGAUCAUUGUAUGCCUGGUGUGCGUGUUCUACACCGUUCUGGGUGGCAUCAGAGCAGUGGUUUGGACAGAUGCUCUUCAGGUUGCAGUCAUGGUAGCUGGGAUGUUAACAGUUACCGUAUUAGGUACUUAUCGAAUCGGUGCCGCAGAAAUAUGGAAAAGAGCCCAAGACGUCAAUAGAAUCGAAUUCUUAAACUUCGAUCCGUCUCCUUACACAAGGCACACAGUGUGGACGGUGUUGAUUGGAUCGUGGCUGUACAGUACCGCUUACAUAGCCGUCAAUCAAACCAUGGUGCAACGAUACAGGUCAUUGAAAGAUCUGAAAACGUCCAAACUAUCGCUGGCGAUAUUUACUAUUAGUAUUAUGUUAUUCAUUUCACUGUGCUGCUGGUGCGGCCUCGUUCUCAUAGCCUGGUGGUCUCCGCCAAAAUGCGAUCCCAGAGCUUCCGGUUUGAUCACUGCCGACGAUCAACUGUUACCCGGUUAUGUUAUGGAAAUAGCGGGUCGGUUGCACGGGGUGCCGGGUCUCUUUGUAGCUGGAAUUUUUGGAGCCGCCCUUAGUACUCUAUCAGUAGGUUUCAAUUCAACAUCCGUCGUGCUUCUGGAAGAUUUCGUGAAAGGUUGCUUCGGUAUGAAACUGACCGAUCGAUGUUCCACCAUUUUCGUUAAGACGGUGGUUGUCCUUCUCGGUUCCAUAGCCUUGGGUUUGAUAUUUAUGGUCGAGAAAUUAGGAGGAGUUUUAGCUAUAACCGGAAGUCUGGCUGCAAUUGCUGCAGGUACCUCUUUCGGAGUAUUUACGUUAGGUAUACUUUUCCCGUGGACAAACUCAAAGGGUGCAUUUAUGGGCGCCAUCGUAGGUUUCGUGAUCGCCGGAUGGGCGAGCUUAGGUGCAAAUUGGUCGAUUGGCGCUGGGUUACUGGUUCCUAAGAAACUUCCGGUUCCUCUCUCUCAGUGCUCGGGCAAUAUAUCCGAAAGUUUCCUGAAACAAUUUGAUCGUCCAAACGAAGAUGAUGUGUUUCCUCUUUAUCGAUUAUCUUAUCAUUGGUUCACCGGUUUGGGCACCUUAAUCGUAAUCGUUGUAGGUAAUUUCAUUAGCUGGUGGACUGGUCCCACAGAUCCUUCUUCCAUCGAUAAGAGACUUCUUUCUCCGUUAAUUCAUUCAUGGUUACCAACACCGAAAGACCAAAAUGGAACUACAGAAAACUCAACUGGAAUUCCUGCUUUACAAACAACAGCAAACAUGUUGUUGGCUGAUUUGAAAGAAAAACGAAGACGUGAAAACUUCCCCAAUGGAGUCACAAUAUAGUCUAUUUUUCUAUUGAAAAAUACUGUUUUGGGUGUUCAAGUUUUACUCACAAAAUCGUACCUAAAUCACAGUGAAGGAUACUCAGCUAUUUUUUGUCCUAUUCCCUUAUAGUAUUUGAGGGUAGAUACCAAACUCACGUUCCAAUCUUUAUCAGUCAGUUGUGGAUCAACUGAUAGAUUUUAAGUAGACCAAAUUAUAAGCAGAGAUGAUAUUUUUUUAAAUGUACUAACGUAUUGAAACACAACUAUCACAAACACUGCAGUAUUUUACAAUUUGUAAAAGAGAUAGAGAGAAAUAAAUGUUUUUUAUCAAAUGCUA